AUGCAAAUCAUGGAUGACCGGGGACGUCCACUGGCCAAGGAUACCGAGGCUGCACCUGAGGGACGGCGAACUCGACCGACGACGCCGGCCGAUCCGCAGCAAAUCUCUGCCAUGGAGCCGGUGACUCGCGAGGCCUACGGCGGCGGACUUUACGGCACCGAUCAGAGACCGCCGGGGGCGCCGCUGGCCAGUGCAACUCAGUCCGCCGACGGCCCCGCGCAGCCUGACGCUCCACCGAAGCACAGGCCGCCGCCGUCGACGGGCGACCGCGAUCUGGAUAUCACCGGCCAGUCGUAUAUUCAGUAG